AUGUCCGCCGAUCGACUCGCUAAAAUCCCAGAGGUUGAUUUAGAUCCCAACGGCGUCUUCAAAUACGUCCUCAUACGGGUGCACAGCAAAGACGACGAUUCACAUGUUGAUAUUGUGAGAGGAUACGCGUGGGCCGAGUAUCAUGCUGAUAUCUACGACCGUGUGACCGGAGAACUGGAGAGAGGUGGAGGACUGGAUUGUGAAUGUCUCGGAGGUGGAAGAAUCAAACAUGACAGCACAGCAAAAAAGAUCCACGUCUACGGUUAUUCCAUGGGAUUUGGUUGAGCAAAGCAUUCUGUUUCCACAGAGAAGAUAAAAACCCAUUACCCAGACUAUGAGGUGACCUGGGCGGAUGAAGGGUAUUGAAUGGGUUAAAUCACAGCGGCGUAUAAGGACGCUAUUUCAAACCUAACUGCCUUAACAUAGCAUUCAAGUCUUGAUGUGCCAAGGCUAAGAAAGAACAGAACUUUAAUAGAUUUCUGAUAUGGAUGGACGGAUGGAUAAGACAUUUACUCCAAAACUAUAGGAGAGGCCAUCCUCAUUAUAUUUGAUUGGUUUUAACUUCAUGUGUAGUUUAACACAUUGCAACAAAGAGAAAGGAAAGCAAUUAUGUUUAUAGCCAUUGGUCUUUAAAUCUAGGAAAUUAUCAAAUAAAGCAGGUUAAGUCCUUCAUCCAAACCAUAAAAUGUUAUGAAGUGCAACACUAACAUCCUGAAAUGAUAAUAAAGUCCAGCGAAGUGCUCGAAUCCUUUUUU